UUUUUAUACGCGAGAAUAAUUUAUGGAUGCAAAAUUACUUUGCUCAACUACAAGACUUGAUAUUAUACAUGAUUUCAAGACAUAAUACUUGUGACUAGAAAUGAUUGUACAUAUAUAGAAUCUUUUGAUUAUCCCAAUGGGAAAAUAAUAAUUAGCAGAAAGGACCUUUUUAGCAUAAGACAAUAUAAGCAUAACAAUGAUCGGAUAGAUAUAAAUCUAUAAGACCUCCAACUUAAUUUACACUUUUGAAUCACCUUUUGAAAAUGUCAAAGCAAGAUGAAACAACAAAAGGAAUCAUUUUACAGUGAUGAAUACAUUUCAAGAUUUUAUAAACUAUUAUUCCCAAAGUUCUCUUAUGACUUAAUUGUUCAAACUUUACUGUAUUUAACCAUUCCUAAAAUACUUUUAAUCCAAUCGUUAGUUAAUGAUGAAUACAUCAAAAGGAUCAAGAUCAAUCAAAUUACAAAACGAAGACUAUAUAUAGAACAUUUCAGCUGUAGUGGUUUUACCCCAGAAGAGUUUAGAAUAAGUGAAAGAAAAAGGAGAAAGAUCUUCCAAGAUAUUUUGACAUUGAUAAAAUCUUAUCCUGAUAAUAUUGUUCCUAUUUACUUCAAUUUUUUUAAUAAAUUUCCAAUUGGGUCGAUAAAUGAGUUAUUACGAAAGUUAGAAAAUUAUGACAUCGCUCUAGAAUUUGAUGAAUUAAAUUAUCCUCAAUGUAAAAAGUUAGAAGGGUAUAAAGGGUCUUCAAAUGUCACAAGAAUAAGUAUUGAUACUGUGACAUUAGUCGAUAGAAGAUUUCCAACUUAUGUUGAUUUGAACUUUUCAAACUAUGCAAAUUUAAAAACAUUUGAAGUUCAAGAAUUUAUUAACGUAAGAAGUUUAAGGUUGGAUGGAUCGUUUGAGAGUUUAACUUUUUUAUCAAUUCGUGAUAUAUUUCAUGAAGAUUAUUUAGCUAAGUUUAUCAAUUUAAAGACUCUUUGUCUUGAAUUUCAAAAGAAUUUGAAUAUUCGAAAAUUACCAAGAAAUAUCAUUUCAUUAUAUCUAAUACCACUCUAUGAGAUCAGUGAAAUUUUCAUUGACUCAACUAGUGAUUGGCCCCAAAAUUUGAGAUCGUUAUCUUUCACUAUUUCAGAUAGUGCAUUCAAUGCCGUAAGACACAAACUACCACCUUACUUGGUAAAACUUGAAAUUAAUUAUUUGACCAAGAUAGAAAAUUCUCUACCACAAUUUUGUUAUUAUUUAAGUGAAUUAUUCCUCAAUUUUGACGACGAUGGUUCAAAUUUAAUUGAUUAUAUUGCUGAUGAAUAUUUUGAUGAUGUAGAUGAAGAAGAUGAAGAAUCCGAGGAAGAAUCCGAUGAAUAUGAAGAAUACUAUUCUGCACACGAUGAAGGUUCUCAUGGAUACAUAUGUGUUGAAGAAGUAUUUUCAAAUCAACUUCAGACUAUAGACGUAAGAUCAUUGGGUCUAAUUUGCCAAUCUGAAAACCAAAUUCAUGUUUCAUACAAGCUAGAAAAGCUAAAACUUUAUGUAACGGAAUGUCUUUUUUCAAUGGAUAGAAUUAGUUUUGAAAGAGCCAAACUCUCACUAAAGACCUUAUCUAUCAGUAUUAAUGAUUACAAAUUUCUGCUUUCAAAUUUAGAUUUUAGUCAGUUUUCGAAAUUAAGUUUGAUUUACUUAAGUGGUUGUAACAUUGACAAUUUGAAUUCUUUCUUUUUGCCUCCAUAUCUAAAGUUGCUAAUAAUUAAGAAAAAUCAUUUUAAAUCGAUAGAUAGCACAAGUCCUCUAUUUAACAAGUCAUAUCGAUAUCCACAUUUGCAAGUACUAUUGCUAAAAAGCUGUGAUGUAGAUUACAUAUCUCCCAGAAUCAAUCUACCUACAAAUCUAAAAAAAUUAUCACUACCACAUUAUGGCACCAAACAAGUUCUUAGACAUAUUAUCAAACAUAAAACUUUGACAUCAUUUAAUUUAGAAAAAUGUUUGUCUAAUCUAAAUAUAUUUGAUGAAUUUGUUCCUAAAAGAAGAACAGGUAAAGAGAAGACAACACAUUUCAAUCAGUUAAAUCUACAUUUGAAAAUGAAUUAUAGCAAGAUAGAGUUAACUAAGUUUUAUGAUAAAAUCGAGGCAGUGUUUGGAAAAAGGAUCAAGACUCGUGAAUAUAAUUAUUAUACGUGUUUAUAUCUUACUCUAGUUUAGCAGUCUUUUAGAAGAGUGAUUUUCGCAGUCAAAAAAAAUAGGGGGUACAUAACAGCCUAUAUUGCAAUAAAAGAGACAUGUAUACAUGAUAAUUAAAUUGAUAAAUGUGUAUUUUUGGGUUAAUAAUGAAACUCAAAAGGAACUCCAAUAUUCUCAAUAUAUGUCUAUAUAUAUGUAAUC